ACACAUUGAAAUCUUUUUUUUCCUCGCUGCAGUCAAAAAGUAAAAUAAAAAAGAAUUUUAAAAAAGUCGACAAUGGCUGACGUUGAAAUGGUAACAGCUCCUGAAAAUCCUAGAAAGCGAACAGCUUCAUCAACACAGACUAAAGAUUUUAAGAAGCAGAAAUUGACAAAUGUGAGGAAAAUUGGAGUUCCAGUAAACAGAAUUUCUCCAUUGAAAGAAAACUGGCUAAAGAUUUUCAGUCCUAUUGUUGAACAGUUAAAACUUCAAAUUCGCUUUAAUAUUAAAACCAAACAAGUUGAAAUUCGACAACCAGAAGACUCAACAUCCAGCGUUCCUACAAAUGACUCUAAUCUUCAAAAAGCUGCCGAUUUCGUUCGUGCCUUUGUGUUGGGAUUUGAAGUUGAGGAUGCUCUUGCGCUUUUACGAUUGGAAGAUUUAUUUGUUGAAACAUUUGAAAUAAAAGACGUGAAGACUCUUCGUGGAGAUCAUUUAAGUAGAGCAAUCGGCCGACUUGCUGGAAAAGGAGGAAGAACAAAAUUCACCAUCGAAAAUGUUACAAAAACUCGCAUUGUGUUAUCCGACAGUAAAAUUAAUAUUCUCGGCAGUUACAAGAAUAUCCAACUUGCCAAAAGAGCGAUCAGCAAUCUAAUCCUCGGCUCGCCGGCAUCCAAAGUUUACGGAAAUCUCAGAUCAGUUGCCAGCAAACUCUCUGAAAGUCUUUAAACUUCUCUUAAACAUUUAUGAAUUUUCUUUGAUAUCUUUAUUUAAAUUAAUUUUCUUCAAAUUUAAUUUUCAAUUUACAAAAUGAAAUAAAAUUACAAAUUUGAAAUCUUAUUUUU